GCUGCUGGAAGGGGAGGAGCCUGGCAGCUCCAUUUAAGAGCUGGCUACCAGUGGGGAAGGAUCUCUUCUGGAGAUGGUCUCUGCUGCUGUUUUGUGAGUGAGCCCAGGAUAGGGGAGCACAGAAGUGCCCAGCUCCCUUUUCUGUCAUCUUGCUGAGAACAGGUGGCCUCCUUUGGGGUCACCAAGUAUAUUUAGGGCUGAAAUUGGAGCGGGCUGGAGCCGCAUUGGCUGUGCCAUCCACACGCGUCACCAGAGGUUGAUGCACCAGGCUUGCUCUCGCCCAGCACUGCUCCAGAGGGAAGACUGGAGAGGCUCUGCUCCUAAGGAUAUUUACCAGAUGUUGCUGUGAGCUGGGGAGAGACAGAAAAAUACACUCAAAAUGGAGGAAGAAGAAUAUGAGGAAGUUGUGGAGUACUACAUUGAGGAGACAAUUGUUGAGGAGGGUGAACCAUAUGAGGUGGUCACUGAGAUCACUGAGAGCAGUAGCACAGAAUUCACAGGUCCCACAACCGUCACCCAUACGAUUGAGUAUGAAAAAACUUCUGAUGAGGAACCAGCAGCACCUCCGAUCAGAAAGAAGACGAUACGGACAAAAGUGGACUCUUCUAAGUUCUUGACACCUUAUCUGCAGCACAGUAAUAAAAUGAAGGACCUGUUCAGUGAGAACAAGUACAAAGAAAAGUUUAAUAAAGAAAGAGGAAAGCCAUAUGCUUCCACAGUUGAUACGCCAGAAAUUCGGAGAAUCAAGAAAGUGCAGGAUCAGCUCAGUGAGGUGAAAUACCGCAUGGCUGGGGAAGCUGCUCGAACUAUUUGCCACGUUGAUGAAAAGGCCUGGGAUAUAGAACAUGCAAAGAAGGUCUCUCAGCAAGUGAGCAAGGUGUUAUAUAAACAGAACUGGGAGGAGAAUAAGGACAAGUACUUACUUCCCCCUGAUGCCCCAGAGCUUGUAAAUGCAAUUAAAAACACAGCAAUGUUCAGUAAGAAACUCUAUACAGAAGACUGGGAAGGAGACAAAACGUUGUUCUAUCCGUACAAUGACAGUCCAGAGCUCAGAAGGGUGGCACAGGCUCAAAAAGUUCUGAGUGAUAUUGUCUACAAAAAAGGGCACGAUGAACGAAAAUCUAAAUAUACUUCUCUACCAGAUCCACCUGAUGUGGAACAAGCCAGGAAAGUGACGAGGCAGCUGAGUGAUGUUAUUUAUCACGAAGACUAUAAAAACAAGAUCAAAGGCAAGUGGAGUCAAACUCCGUGCUAUGACGUUGCAAUUGCAAAAAUGAAUGCAGAAAACAUAAGCAUGAAAAAAUACCAGGAAGACUUUGAAAAUGUGAAAGACCAAAUCUACUUUAUGCAGACUGAAACUCCAGAAUAUGAAGCUAACAAGCGAGUUUCAGAGAAUGUCAGUAAGAUAAAAUACAGAGCAGACUACGAGAAGAACAAAGCCGUUGCAGAUUAUAACGUGCUUCCUGCUACAGAAAACCCACUGCUGAGGCAAUUAAAGACUGCAGGAGAUGUCCUGAGUGAUAAAUUAUACAAAGAAGCCUAUGAGCAAUCCAAAGGAACAAGCAUAAACUACUGUGAAACACCAAAGUUCCAGACUGAUAGUGCUCUGAAGAAUUUCAGUGAUGUGAAAUACAAAGAUGCUUAUCAAAAGAAUAUCUUGGGACACUAUUUGGGCAGUUUUGAGGACCCACACCAGAUCCACUGUAUGAAAGUCGAAGCUAUGAAGAGUGAUAAAAAUUACAAAGCGGAUUAUGAGGAAGAAAAGACAAAAUGCUACUUCCCUCAGACCAUAACUCAAGAAUAUGAAGCUAUUAAGAAGUUAGAGCAGUGUAAAGAUCACACCUACAAAAAGCAUCCUGAUCAGAUCAAAUUUACUCAAGUGACUGACUCUCCAGUGCAGAAGCAAGCAGAGAUCAAUAGCAAGCAGCUGAGUGAUAAACUCUACAGAUCUUCCGGAGAAGAAGUGAAACAUAAAUACACUCUCCCCCCAGAUGUCCCACAGUUUAUCCAAGCCAGAUACAAUGCUGCAAAUGUCAGUGAUGCCUAUUAUAAACAGGACUACCACGAUCUAAUAGCUAAAGGGACCAACGUGUCACUUGAUGCUAUUCCAAUUACUCGAGCAAAAGCAUCAAGAAACAUUGCUAGUGAUUUUAAAUACAAGGAAGCAUAUGAAAAGGCUAAAGGAAAACAGGUUGGUUUCAGAAGCCUGCAGGAUGACCCCAAGCUCGUUCACUACAUGCAUGUUGCAAAGAUUCAGUCCGAUCGUGAAUAUAAGAAGGACUAUGAGAAGAGCAAGACUGUCUAUCACACACCUCCUGACACAUUCAGUAUCCAGGCUGCAAAAAAGUCUCAGGACGUAGCUUCCACUGCCCACUACAAAAAUCUGAUCCAUCACUACACGUAUCUGCCAGAUGCUAUGGAUGUUGAGCUUGCAAAGAACAUGAUGCAAAUUCAGAGCAAUAAUGUAUACAAACAAGACUAUAACAGUUGGUUCAAGGGUAUUGGAUGGAGUCCUCUCGGCUCUCUGGAUGUGGAAACAGCUAAAAAGGCUGGGGAUGCAUUAAAUGAGAAGAGGUACCGUCAGCACCCAGACACCAUCAAGUUUACCAGUGUGCCAGACUCAGUGACAAUGGUUCUAGCUCAGCACAACACCAAGCAACUGAGUGAUGUAGCAUAUAAGCAAGAGGGUGAAAAAGUAAAGCACAAAUACAAGCUAGAUCCUGAUGUCCCUCAGUUUAUUCAAGCAAGGGUCAAUGCCUUCAAUUUAAGUGAUGCUAACUACAAAGCAGACUGGAAAAAAACCAUUGCCAAAGGAUACGAUCUGAAACCAGAUGCCAUUCCUAUUAUUGCUGCUAAAGCAUCUCGAAAUAUUGCAAGUGAUUACAAAUACAAGGAAUCGUACGAGAAAGAUAAAGGCAAACAGGUUGGGUACCGCAGCCUGCAGGAUGAUCCCAAACUUGUUCAUUACAUGAACGUGGCCAAAAUGCAAUCAGAGCGUGAAUACAAGAAGGAUUAUGAAGUGACCAAGACCAAAUAUCACACUCCCCUGGAUAUGUUCAGUGUGACGGCUGCCAAGAAAGCUCAGGAGGCCGUUACAAACAUGGGCUAUAAACAGCCCAUUCACCAUUAUACUCUCUUGCCUGAUUCUGUGAAUCUGGAGCUAUCAAGAAACGUGAUGCAGCUUCAGAGCGAUAAUGUGUACAAAGCAGACUUUAAUAACUGGCUGAAAGGAGUUGGCUGGCUGCCGAUUCAAUCCUUGGAUGUAGAAAAGGCCAAAAAAGCUUCAGAUAUUCUCAGCGAAAAGAAAUAUCGCCAGCACCCCGACAAGCUGAAGUACUCUAUUCCACUGGAUGCAAUGGAGCAAGUGCUAGCUAAACAAAAUGCCAAGACUAUGAAUAAGAGGCUCUACACUGAUAAAUGGAAUAAAGAGAAGACCAGCAUUCAUGUUAUGCCAGAUACUCCAGAAAUUCUGCAGUCUAGAGUGAACCAGAUCACAAUGAGUAAUAAACUAUACAAAGCUGGAUGGGAGGAAGACAAGAAGAAAGGUUAUGACAUGCGUCCUGAUGCUAUUCCAAUAAAAGCAGCCAAAACUUCCCAGGACAUUGCAAGUGAUUAUAAAUACAAACUAGCCUAUGAAAAAGCAAAAGGAAAGCAUAUUGGCUUCCGCAGCCUUGAAGACGACCCCAAGCUGGUGCACUUCAUGCAGGUGGCUAAGAUGCAAUCUGAUCGUGAAUACAAGAAAGAUUACGAGAAGGCAAAGACUAACUUCCAUACUCCAGUUGACAUGCUCAGCGUUGUGGCAGCCAAGAAAGCGCAGGAAGUGGCUACAAAUACAAACUACAAGAACUUGAUCCAUAUCUACAAUGUUUUACCUGAUGCUAUGAGUCUUGAAUUAGCCAAAAACAUGAUGCAGAUACAAAGUAAUAAUCAAUACAGAGCAGACUAUGAUGAAAGUAUGAAGGGUGUUGGAUGGAUGCCACUGGGCUCUCUGGAGGCUGAGAAGAACAAGAAAGCCAUGGAAAUUCUUAGUGAAAAGAAAUACCGUCAGCAUCCAGACAAGUUGAAGUAUUCUGUUCCUGUGGAUUCCAUGAAUAUGGCCUUAGCUUUACAUAAUGCUAAAAUCAUGGAUGAGCACCAAUACAAACAAGCAUGGGAAGAGGAUAAGAAGAAGGUUCACAUAACGCCAGAUAUUCCACAGUUUGCUUUAGCGAAAGCUAAUGCAUUUAAUAUAAGUGAUAAAAUGUAUAGACAUUCUUUUGAAGAAGCCAGAAAGAAAGGGUACGAUCUCAGAUCUGAUGCUAUCCCUAUUAAAGCUGCCAAAGCUUCUAGGGACAUUGCUAGUGAUUAUAAAUACAAAUUAGGUUAUGAGCAAGACAAGGGAAAGCUUGUAGGCUUCCGCAGCCUUCAGGAUGAUCCUAAACUUGUCCAUUAUAUGCAAGUGGCAAAGAUGCAGUCUGAUCGUGAAUACAAGAAGGCCUACGAGGCAAGCAAGACUCAUUACCAAACACCUUCUGAUUCACUCAGUAUCAUGGCAGCUAAGGAGGCACAAGAUCGUGUAACCAAUGCAAACUACAAACGACUGAUACACCACUAUAUGCUUCUGCCAGAUGCAAUGAGUUUUGAAUUGUACAGGAACAUGAAUCAGAUACAAAGUAAUAAUGAAUACAAACAAGAUUACAAUGAAUGGUUCAAAGGUAUUGGUUGGAGUCCUGCUGGUUCUCUGGAUGUGGAGAAAUCUAAGAAAGCUACAGAAAUUGCAAGUGACCGGAAAUACCGACAGCAUCCCAGCACGUUUUCUUUUACAAAAGACACUGAUGCCAUGGAUAUGGUUCUUGCAAAGCACAACGCAGAUAUAAUGAAUAAACAUGCUUAUACUCAGGCCUGGGAAAAGGAUAAAACUCAAGUUCACGUGAUGCCAGAUACACCAGAUAUCCUACAGGCAAAACAGAACAAGGCGAACUACAGUCAGAAACAUUACAAGCUCGGCUGGGAGGAAAUGAUUAAGAAGGGCUAUGACCUCACACCUGAAGCCAUUUCAGUGAAAGCUGCCAAAGCUUCAAGGGACAUUGCAAGCGACUACAAGUACAAAGAAGGUUACCGCAAGCAGCAGGGACAUCACAUUGGAUUCCGGAGCUUACAGGAUGAUCCGAAGAUGAUGUGGUCUAUGCAAGUAGCUAAAAUGCAGAGCGAGAGGGAGUAUAAGAAAGAUUUUGAAAAGUGGAAGACAAAGUUUAACAUGCCUGUGGAUAUGUUAGGCUUCCUUCUGGCUAAGAAGUGUCAAGAAUUGGUUAGUGAUGUAGACUACAAACACAUGCUACACCGCUGGACUUGUCUACCAGACCAAAAUGAUGUCACCCAAGCAAAGAGGGUCUACGAACUGCAGAGUGAUAAUCUGUACAAGUCAGAUCUGCAGUGGCUCAGAGGCAUUGGAUGGAGUCCUUUGGGAUCUUUGGAGUCUGAAAAGAACAAGAAAGCUUCUGAAAUACUAAGUGAAAAGAAGUACCGGCAGCACCCAGAUACUAUUAAGUUCACAAGUAUCCCAGAUGCCAUGAAUAUCACCUUAGCAAAAUCUAAUGCCAAAAAUAGAAGUGAUAUACUGUAUAGAGAGGCUUGGGACAAGGACAAAACUCAGGUUCAUAUCAUGCCUGAUACUCCUGAAAUUUUGUUGGCUAAAUCAAACUUAAUCAACACAAGUGAUAAACAUUACAAGUUAGGAUAUGAAGAGCUGAGGAGGAAAGGCUAUGAUCUUCCUCCUGAUGCCAUACCACUCAAGGCGGCGAAGGCAUCCAGAGACAUCGCCAGUGAAUAUCAGUACAAAACAGCAUACCGCAAGCAGCUGGGCCACCACGUUGGAGCGCGCAACAUCGAGGACGACCCCAAGAUGAUGUGGUCGAUGCAUGUAGCCAAGAUCCAGAGUGACAGGGAGUACAAGAAAGCCUUUGAGAAGACCAAGACGCACUUCAGCAGCCCCGUGGACAUGCUGGGAAUUGUGUUGGCCAAGAAAUGCCAGGAGCUGGUCAGCGAUGUUGAUUACAAGCAUCUUCUGCAUCGGUGGACCUGUCUGCCGGACCAGAACGAUGUCGUGCAAGCCCGGAAAGUGUACGACCUGCAGAGUGAUAUUGUGUACAGGUCUGACCUGCAGUGGCUGAAAGGCAUUGGCUGGUCCCCACUUGGUUCCCUGGAUGAAGAGAAGAACAAGCGAGCGAGCAUGAUCCUGAGUGACAAGAAGUACCGGCAGCACCCGGACACCAUCAAGUUCACGAGCCUUCCUGACUCCAUGCCUAUGCUUCUGGCAAAGCACAACUCUGAAAUCAUGAACCACCGCUCGUACAUCGCAGCCUGGGAGAAAGACAAGACCAGCGUUCACAUUAUGCCAGAUACGCCUGGUAUUUUGCUGGCCCAGCAGAACAAAGUGAACUUCAGUGAGAAAAUGUACAGGCUGGCAAUGGAAGAAGACAAGAAGAAGGGCUAUGACCUGCGUGCAGAUGCCAUUCCCAUCAAGUCUGCAAAAGCUUCCAGGGACAUUGCCAGUGACUACAAGUAUAAAGAAGGGUACCGCAAGCAGCUGGGCCACCACAUUGGAGCGCGCAACAUCGAGGACGACCCCAAGAUGAUGUGGUCGAUGCACGUAGCCAAGAUCCAGAGUGACAGGGAGUACAAGAAAGCCUUUGAGAAGACCAAGACGCACUUCAGCAGCCCCGUGGACAUGCUGGGAAUUGUGUUGGCCAAGAAAUGCCAGGAGCUGGUCAGCGAUGUUGAUUACAAGCAUCUUCUGCAUCGGUGGACCUGUCUGCCGGACCAGAACGAUGUCGUGCAAGCCCGGAAAGUGUACGACCUGCAGAGUGAUAUUGUGUACAGGUCUGACCUGCAGUGGCUGAAAGGCAUUGGCUGGUCCCCAGUUGGGUCCCUGGAUGAAGAGAAGAACAAGCGAGCGAGCAUGAUCCUGAGUGACAAGAAGUACCGGCAGCACCCGGACACCAUCAAGUUCACGAGCCUUCCUGACUCCAUGCCUAUGCUUCUGGCAAAGCACAACUCUGAAAUCAUGAACCACCGCUCGUACAUCGCAGCCUGGGAGAAAGACAAGACCAGCGUUCACAUUAUGCCAGAUACGCCGGGUAUUUUGCUGGCCCAGCAGAACAAAGUGAACUUCAGUGAGAAAAUGUACAGGCUGGCAAUGGAAGAAGACAAGAAGAAGGGCUACGACCUGCGUGCAGAUGCCAUUCCCAUCAAGUCUGCAAAAGCUUCCAGGGACAUUGCCAGUGACUACAAGUAUAAAGAAGGGUACCGCAAGCAGCUGGGCCACCACAUUGGAGCGCGCAACAUCGAGGACGACCCCAAGAUGAUGUGGUCGAUGCACGUAGCCAAGAUCCAGAGUGACAGGGAGUACAAGAAAGCCUUUGAGAAGACCAAGACACACUUCAGCAGCCCCGUGGACAUGCUGGGAAUUGUGUUGGCCAAGAAAUGCCAGGAGCUGGUCAGCGAUGUUGAUUACAAGCAUCUUCUGCAUCGGUGGACCUGUCUGCCGGACCAGAACGAUGUCGUGCAAGCCCGGAAAGUGUACGACCUGCAGAGUGAUAUUGUGUACAGGUCUGACCUGCAGUGGCUGAAAGGCAUUGGCUGGUCCCCAAUUGGGUCCCUGGAUGAAGAGAAGAACAAGCGAGCGAGCAUGAUCCUGAGUGACAAGAAGUACCGGCAGCACCCGGACACCAUCAAGUUCACGAGCCUUCCUGACUCCAUGCCUAUGCUUCUGGCAAAGCACAACUCUGAAAUCAUGAACCACCGCUCGUACAUCGCAGCCUGGGAGAAAGACAAGACCAGCGUUCACAUUAUGCCAGAUACGCCUGGUAUUUUGCUGGCCCAGCAGAACAAAGUGAACUUCAGUGAGAAAAUGUACAGGCUGGCAAUGGAAGAAGACAAGAAGAAGGGCUAUGACCUGCGUGCAGAUGCCAUUCCCAUCAAGUCUGCAAAAGCUUCCAGGGACAUUGCCAGUGACUACAAGUAUAAAGAAGGGUACCGCAAGCAGCUGGGCCACCACAUUGGAGCGCGCAACAUCGAGGACGACCCCAAGAUGAUGUGGUCGAUGCACGUAGCCAAGAUCCAGAGUGACAGGGAGUACAAGAAAGCCUUUGAGAAGACCAAGACGCACUUCAGCAGCCCCGUGGACAUGCUGGGAAUUGUGUUGGCCAAGAAAUGCCAGGAGCUGGUCAGCGAUGUUGAUUACAAGCAUCUUCUGCAUCGGUGGACCUGCCUGCCGGACCAGAACGAUGUCGUGCAAGCCCGGAAAGUGUACGACCUGCAGAGUGAUAUUGUGUACAGGUCUGACCUGCAGUGGCUGAAAGGCAUUGGCUGGUCCCCACUUGGUUCCCUGGAUGAAGAGAAGAACAAGCGAGCGAGCAUGAUCCUGAGUGACAAGAAGUACCGGCAGCACCCGGACACCAUCAAGUUCACGAGCCUUCCUGACUCCAUGCCUAUGCUUCUGGCAAAGCACAACUCUGAAAUCAUGAACCACCGCUCGUACAUCGCAGCCUGGGAGAAAGACAAGACCAGCGUUCACAUUAUGCCAGAUACGCCUGGUAUUUUGCUGGCCCAGCAGAACAAAGUGAACUUCAGUGAGAAAAUGUACAGGCUGGCAAUGGAAGAAGACAAAAAGAAGGGCUAUGACCUGCGUGCAGAUGCCAUUCCCAUCAAGUCUGCAAAAGCUUCCAGGGACAUUGCCAGUGACUACAAGUAUAAAGAAGGGUACCGCAAGCAGCUGGGCCACCACAUUGGAGCGCGCAACAUCGAGGACGACCCCAAGAUGAUGUGGUCGAUGCACGUAGCCAAGAUCCAGAGUGACAGGGAGUACAAGAAAGCCUUUGAGAAGACCAAGACACACUUCAGCAGCCCCGUGGACAUGCUGGGAAUUGUGUUGGCCAAGAAAUGCCAGGAGCUGGUCAGCGAUGUUGAUUACCGCCACUAUCUGCAUCAGUGGACCUGCCUGCCAGACCAGAAUGAUGUUAUCCAUGCUAAGAAGGCCUAUGAUCUGCAGAGUGAUAAUUUCUACAAGUCAGACCUUGAGUGGUUGCGUGGCACUGGUUGGGUCCCCAUUGGUUCCUUGGAUAUUGAAAAAGCCAAGAGAGCAGGACAGAUCUUGAGUGAUAAAGUCUACCGUCAGCCUCCAGACACCAUCAAGUUUACUAGUGUUACUGAUUCUGUAGAGAUGAACUUAGCUAAGCAUAAUGCAGAGGUGAUGAAUAAGCGUUUGUAUACUGAGGCCUGGGAUAAAGACAAGACGCAAAUUCACAUCAUGCCCGACACGCCUGAAAUCACACUGGCAAAACAGAAUAUGCAUAAUUACAGUGAGAAACUGUACAAACAAGCCAUGGAAGAAGCAAAAAAGAAAGGCUAUGAUUUGAGAAGUGAUGCUAUCCCAAUUCAGGCUGCCAAAGCAUCCAGGCAAAUUGCCAGUGAUUACAAGUAUAAAGAAGGGUACCGCAAGCAGCUGGGCCACCACAUUGGAGCGCGCAACAUCGAGGACGACCCCAAGAUGAUGUGGUCGAUGCACGUAGCCAAGAUCCAGAGUGACAGGGAGUACAAGAAAGCCUUUGAGAAGACCAAGACACACUUCAGCAGCCCCGUGGACAUGCUGGGAAUUGUGUUGGCCAAGAAAUGCCAGGAGCUGGUCAGCGAUGUUGAUUACCGCCACUAUCUGCAUCAGUGGACCUGCCUGCCGGACCAGAACGAUGUUAUCCAUGCUAAGAAGGCCUAUGAUCUGCAGAGUGAUAAUUUCUACAAGUCAGACCUUGAGUGGUUGCGUGGCAUUGGUUGGGUCCCCAUUGGUUCCUUGGAUAUUGAAAAAGCCAAGAGAGCAGGACAGAUCUUGAGUGAUAAAGUCUACCGUCAGCCUCCAGACACCAUCAAGUUUACUAGUGUUACUGAUUCUGUAGAGAUGAACUUAGCUAAGCAUAAUGCAGAGGUGAUGAAUAAGCGUUUAUACACGGAAGCGUGGAAUAAAGAUAAGACCACAGUUCACGUCAUGCCUGACACACCAGAAAUCGUACUAGCUAAACAAAACCAAGUACACUACAGUCAGAAAAUGUACAGACUGGCUUUGGAGGAAUCAAAGAAGAAGGGUCAUGACUUGCGUUUUGAUGCCAUUCCUAUCCAAGCUGCCAAAGCAUCCAGAGAGAUUGCCAGUGAUUACAAGUAUAAAGAAGGGUACCGCAAGCAGCUGGGCCACCACAUUGGAGCGCGCAACAUCGAGGACGACCCCAAGAUGAUGUGGUCGAUGCACGUAGCCAAGAUCCAAAGUGACAGGGAGUACAAGAAAGCCUUUGAGAAGACCAAGACGCACUUCAGCAGCCCCGUGGACAUGCUGGGAAUUGUGUUGGCCAAGAAAUGCCAGGAGCUGGUCAGUGAUAUUGAUUACAAGCAUCUUCUGCAUCGGUGGACCUGCCUGCCGGACCAGAAUGAUGUUAUCCAUGCUAAGAAGGCCUAUGAUCUGCAGAGUGAUGCUGUUUAUAAAUCCGACUUGGAAUGGCUGAGAGGAAUUGGAUGGGUUCCUAUUGGCUCUUUGGAUGUUGAGAAGGCUAAGAAAGCUGGAGAAAUCCUGAGCGAGAGGAAGUAUCGUCAACCAGCCGACCAAAUCAAAUUUACUAGCGUGACAGAUUCUUUGGCUAUGAUGUUAGCCAAGCAUAAUGCUGAGAUAAUGAACAAGCGUUUAUAUACAGAAGCCUGGGAUGCAGACAAAACGUCGAUUCACGUCAUGCCUGACACUCCAACCAUUUUAUUAGCCAAGGCCAACGCAGAGAAUGUUAGCCAUAAACAUUAUAUACAAGCCUGGGAAGAGGCCAAAAAGAAGGGUUAUGACAUGAGAGCUGAUGCAAUUCCAAUUCGAAGUGCAAAGGCAUCGAGAGAUAUUGCGAGUGAUUACAAGUACAAGGAAGCUCACGAGAAGCAGAAAGGGCACUACAUUGGGUGCCGAACCGCCAAGGAGGAUCCCAAGCUGUCGUGGGCUGCACGAGCCAUGCUGCUGCAGAACGACCGCAUUUACAGGAAGGCGUACAACGACUCCAAGACCAACAUCCACCUGCCGGUGGAUGCGAUGUCACUGCAGGCAGCCAAGGAGUGCCAGACACUUGUCAGUGAUGUUGACUACCGCCAUUACCUUCACCAGUGGACGUGUCUGCCUGACCACAACGAUGUGGUGCACGCGAAGAAAGCCUACGACCUGCAGAGUGACAAUGUGUACAAAUCAGACCUGGAGUGGUUGCGAGGUAUUGGCUGGCUGACAGAAGGUUCUGUGGAUGUGGUCAAAGCCAAGAAAGCCCAGGAAAUCCUGAGUGACAAGUUGUACCGCACGCAGCCGGACCAGAUAAACUUCACCAGCAUCACUGAUUCACCAGAUAUUGUCCAGGCUAAGAUCAAUGCUUUGCAACUCAGUAAUCAUCUGUACCGCGAGGCCUGGGACAAGGACAAGACACAGAUUUCCAUACCUUCUGACACUCCUGAGAUGCUGCAGUCAAAACUCAAUGCUCUGAACAUCAGCAAUAAACAUUAUCAGGCAGCCUGGGAUGAGGCCAAAGCAAAGAACUAUGACCUGAGAGCUGACGCCAUUCCCAUCAAACACGCCAAGGCUUCCAGAGACAUUGCUAGUGAGUACAAGUACAAGGAAGCUCACGAGAAGCAGAAAGGGCACUACAUUGGGUGCCGAACCGCCAAGGAGGAUCCCAAGCUGUCGUGGGCUGCACGAGCCAUGCUGCUGCAGAACGACCGCAUUUACAGGAAGGCGUACAACGACUCCAAGACCAACAUCCACCUGCCGGUGGAUGCGAUGUCACUGCAGGCAGCCAAGGAGUGCCAGACACUUGUCAGUGAUGUUGACUACCGCCAUUACCUUCACCAGUGGACGUGUCUGCCUGACCACAACGAUGUGGUGCACGCGAAGAAAGCCUACGAACUACAGAGUGAUAAUGUGUACAAAUCAGACCUGGAGUGGUUGCGAGGUAUUGGCUGGCUGACAGAAGGUUCUGUGGAUGUGGUCAAAGCCAAGAAAGCCCAGGAAAUCCUGAGUGACAAGUUGUACCGCACGCAGCCGGACCAGAUAAACUUCACCAGCAUCACUGAUUCACCAGAUAUUGUCCAGGCUAAGAUCAAUGCUUUGCAACUCAGUAAUCGUCUGUACCGCGAGGCCUGGGACAAGGACAAGACACAGAUUUCCAUACCUUCUGACACUCCUGAGAUGCUGCAGUCAAAACUCAACGCUCUGAACAUCAGCAAUAAACAUUAUCAGGCAGCCUGGGAUGAGGCCAAAGCGAAGAACUAUGACCUGAGAGCUGACGCCAUUCCCAUCAAACACGCCAAGGCUUCCAGAGACAUUGCUAGUGAGUACAAGUACAAGGAAGCUCACGAGAAGCAGAAAGGGCACUACAUUGGGUGCCGAACCGCCAAGGAGGAUCCCAAGCUGUCGUGGGCUGCACGAGCCAUGCUGCUGCAGAACGACCGCAUUUACAGGAAGGCGUACAACGACUCCAAGACCAACAUCCACCUGCCGGUGGAUGCGAUGUCACUGCAGGCAGCCAAGGAGUGCCAGACACUUGUCAGUGAUGUUGACUACCGCCAUUACCUUCACCAGUGGACGUGUCUGCCUGACCACAACGAUGUGGUGCACGCGAAGAAAGCCUACGAACUACAGAGUGAUGCUAUUUAUAAGUCAGACCUAGAGUGGCUCCGUGGAAUUGGCUGGUUGCCUAAUGAUUCUCCAGGUAUUCGGAGAGUGAAACAUGCCCAGGAUCUCCUGAGUGACAAGGUGUAUCGCACACCUAUUGACAGCGUGAAGUACACCAGUGUCGUCGAUUCUCCAGACAUUCUUCUAGCUAAAGUGAAUGCUGAACAGCUCAGUAUUCCAAAAUACAAAGAAGCCUGGGAAAAGGACAAGACUAUGAUCCAUAUUAUGCCAGACACACCUGAAAUCAACCUAGCCAAGUCUAAUGCUCAUAAUUAUAGCAAGAAACUCUAUAGAGAAGCCUGGGAUGAAGUGAAGAUGAGUUACGAUUUGAGAGCAGACGCAAUCCCAAUUAAAGCAGCCAAAGCUUCCAGAGAAAUUGCUAGUGAUUAUAAAUACAAACUGGAUCAUGAGAAGCAGAAAGGACAUUACGUUGGAGUUCCAAAUGCAAAAGCAGAUACAAAAAUGGAGUUUGCCCUUGGCAUAGGCAAGGUUCAGAGUGAACUAGAAUACAAGAAACACUUUGCCAAAUGGAAGACACAGUGCCAUCUGCCCGUUGAUAUGCUGUCUAUCCAGUCAGCUAAACAUGGGCAGUCUUUGGUCAGUGAUAUUGAUUACCGUCAUUACUUGCAUCAGUGGAUCUGUCUUCCAGAUCAGAAUGAUGUGAUACACGCCAGGAAAGCCUACGAUCUUCAAAGUGAUGCUAUUUACAAAUCUGAUUUAGAAUGGCUACGAGGAAUUGGAUGGCUACCAAAUGAUUCACUUGGGAUAAAUCAUGUCAAACAUGCCGGAGACCUAUUGAAUGAGAGAAAGUAUCGUACAAAAGCUGAAACACUUCAAUUUACUCCAGUGACAGACAGAGUUGAUUAUGUCACAGCGAAGAAAAGUGGUGAAAUUCUUAGUGAUAUUAAAUACCACAAAGCAUGGAAUGAGGUCAAGUCAAAUUACACUCUAACAGAUACACCACAGCUGGAUAUGGCUCGAGAGGCAGCCAGAAUUCUUAAUCAGAGUUUAUACAAGGAAAGCUGGGAGAAAGAAAAAGCCACUGGUUAUCUCUUACCUCCUGACACUGUGCAGAUCCGUCAUGCCAAACACUCAAAUGAAGUCCAAAGUGAGCUUAAGUACAAAGCUGACCAUGUCAAACAAAGAGGUCACUACGUGGGAGUCCCCAGCAUGAGAGAUGAUCCGAAACUGGUGUGGUUUGAACAUGCAGGCGAGAUCCAGAAUGACAGAUUGUAUAAAUCAAAUUACCACAAAAUAAAGUCCAAAAUUCACAUCCCUGCGGAUAUUAUGUCAGUUGUAGCAGCCAAGGAGUGUCAGACGUUGGUCAGUGAUAUUGACUACCGCCAAUACCUGCAUCAAUGGACGUGCCACCCUGACCAGAAUGAUUGUAUUCAUGCAAGGAAGGCCUAUGAUCUGCAAAGCGAUAAUAUUUAUAAAUCUGACUUGGAAUGGCUCCGUGGUUGUGGCUGGAUUCCUCUGGAUUCAGUGGAACAUAAGAAAGUUAAGCAUGCACAGGAACUGAUAAAUAAGAGAGCAUAUACGAAAGAUGCCCUUGAAAACUUUUCUAAGUUCACCAGUGUGGUUGACACUCCAGACAUUGUCUUGGCAAAGAUUAACUCUGUCAAUCAGAGUGAUCUAAAAUACAAAGAAACAUUUAACCUCGAGAAAGGCCAGUACAUCGGGUCUGAUGACACUCCUGAACUGAAUCAUGCCAGAGACAUGUCCUUACUGUAUAGUGAUACACUUUAUAAACGAGACUGGGAAAUCAGCAAGCCCCUUGGGUAUACUUUGGAUACAAAAUACAUUCCACUUGUUGGAGCCAAGCAUGCAAACUAUGUGAAUAGUGAGCGUAAAUACAAGGAGCUGUAUGAGAAGCUGAAGGGCCAUUAUCUGGCUGGGAAGGACAUUGGAGAUUUCCCCAGCGUCGUUCAUUCGUUAGCAUUCCAGAAAAUAAGGAGCGCGCUGGCAUACAGAAAGAAUUACGAAGACACUAAAACAAGAGUCCAUAUUCCAAGUGAUAUGAUGAAUCAUGUGCUAGCUAAGAAGUGCCAGUAUAUCCUCAGUGACCUUGAAUACCGAACUUACCUCCAUCACUGGAAUUGUUCCCCUGAAGAGCAUGAUGUUAUUCAAGCAAAAAGGGCCCAAGAAAUUUUGAGUGAUGUGGUGUAUAAAGAUGACUUAAAUUGGCUGAAGGGAAUUGGAUGCUAUGUCUGGGAUACUCCACAAAUCCUGCAUGCUAAAAAAUCAUAUGACCUCCAGAGCCAAAUAAAAUAUACAGCUGCUGGAAAAGAGAACUUUCAGAACUUUGGUGUUGUUACUGAUACACCAGUCUAUGUGACUGCAGUACAGAGUGCUAUAAAUGCCAGUGAUGUUAAAUACAAAGAAGAAUACCAUAAAACUAAGGACAAGUAUACAACUGUGACUGAAACAGUAGACUCUGAAAGAGUUCAAAAUCUGAAACACCUUUUUAGCAAUAAUCUCUACAAGGAAGCCUGGGACAGGGUGAAAGCUACUAGCUACAUAAUGCCCUCUGAUGCUGUAUCCCUAGCACGUGCAAAAGAACUGAAGCAUAAUGCUAGUAUUGUAAAAUACCGAGAAGAAUAUGACAAGUUCAAAGCUCUAUACACAAUACCUGGAAGUGUUGAGGAUGACCCCAACAUAGCAAGGUGCCUUAGAGUUGGAAAGCUUAAUAUUGAUCGUCUGUACAGGGAAACCUAUGAAAAGAAUAAAACCAAAGUCCACAUAGUUCCUGACAUGGUAGACAUAAUUGCUGCUAAAGAUGCACAGCAGAAAAUCAGUGAAAUCGAUUACCGCAUACGUCUCCACAACUGGAUCUGCCUACCAGAUCUUCAGAUCAACGCACAUGUUCGAAAAGUAGCUGAUCAGAUCAGUGAUGUGGUAUACAAGGAUGAUCUUAACUGGCUGAAAGGCAUUGGCUGCUUUGUUUGGGACACUCCUGAGAUUCUCCAUGCUAAACAUGCCUACGACCUUCGCAGUGAUAUCAAGUACAAAUCUGCUGCAGAAAAAACGAAGAGCAAAUACACUGUGGUCAUGGACACUCCUGUCUAUGUCCAGAGUAUCCUCAGUGGCUUGAAUGCCAGUGAGAUUAUCUAUCGUGGUGACUACUUAAAUAAAGUUAGAGGCAAAGCGAUUCCCACUAACAAGACAGUGGAUUUGGAGCGGGCACUUCAUGCAAACAAGAUACAGAGUGAAAAUUUGUAUCGCUGGGCUGGUUUGAAAGCUCUGCCUACUGGAUACAGUCUUCCCAAAGAUACCCCUGGCUUCCAGCAUGCCAAACACGUCCAGUACAUUGGCAGUGAUCUGAAAUAUAAAGAAGCCUAUGAACAUAUGAAAGCUAAAGGCUACACUCUGGGACCUAAUGAUGUUGGGUUUGAGAAUGUGAAGAAAGUGAAUCAAGUCAUUAAUGAGAGGUUGUAUCGGGCAACGUACCACAAGAACAAGGAUAAGAUUCAUACUACUCCAGACACACCAGAAAUCCGUCAAGUCAAAGCAACACAGGAAGCUGUCAGUGAUUUGAUCUACAAGUCAGAUUUCUUUAAGAUGCAAGGACACUUGAUUUCCUUGCCAUUUACUCCUGAGGUGUUGCACUGCCGCUAUGUUGGGGACAUCACAAGUGAUAAUAAAUACAAACAGGAUCUGAAGUGGUUGCAGGGCUUGGGCUGCUUCCUUUAUGAUACUCCUGAUAUGGUCCGUGCUCGUCAGCUGCGUAAGCUUUGGUCUAAUUACGUGUAUACUGAUACUGCAAAGAAGAUGCGGGAUAAAUACAGUGUGGUGUUGGAUACUCCUGGGUACAGGAAUGUUCAGGAACUGAAAGCCCAUUUGAGUGAACUGGUUUACAGAGCUGCAGGCAAGGAGCUGAAGACAAAAUACACUUCUGUCCUUGACACACCUGACUACUUAAGAGCCAAGAAAGGACAAAAAAUACAGAGCCAGUAUUUGUAUGUGGAACUUGCCACCAAAGAGAGACCUCAUCACCAUGCUGGUAGCCAGACUCCAGCCUUCACACAUGCCAGGCAUGUAAAAGACAUGGUCAGUGAGACAAAAUAUAAGAUCCAGUAUGAGAAGAUGAAGGACAAAUACACACCAGUCCUUGACACACCAGUCUUGAUCAGAGCCAAGAGAGCAUACCUGAAUGCCAGUGAUUUGCGCUACAAAGAAACCUUUGAGAACACGAAGGGGAAAUACCACACAGUGAAAGAUGCUUUGGAUAUUGUCUAUCAUCGAAAAGUCACAGAUGAUAUUAGCAGUGUGAAAUACAAAGAAAAUUAUAUGAGCCAGCUGGGAGUCUGGAGAUCAAUCCCAGACCGACCAGAACAUUUCCAUCAUCGUAUCGUCACAGAUGCUAUUAGUGAUGUUAAAUACAAGGAAGACUUAUCAUGGCUCAGAGGCAUCGGCUGUUAUGUGUGGGAUACACCAGAUUUUACUUUGGCAGGAAAGAAUAAAGUGCUCUACAGUGGGCAUAAGUACAAGGAGACAUUUGAAAAGACAAAGUCUAAUUACAAGUACGUAGCUGACUCUCCAAUUAACAGGCAUUUUAAACAUGCAACUCAGUUGCUGGAUGCGAAAUUAUAUAAGGCUGCCUAUGAGAAGCUCAAAGAUAGGUACAGCGUUAUUGUGGAUGAUCCUAAGAACCUCCUGGCCAAGUGGGGGACUACACUGAGCAGUCAGAACAGUUAUAAAUCCCUUGCCAAGAUGCUCCUGAAACAAGGGUGUAAUGAAAUUCUGAGGCCAGAUAUCCUGACAGCACUCUACAACUCAUACUUAUGGAGCCAGGUGGAGUACAAAAAGGACUAUGAGAAGAAGAAAGAUAAGUAUACCACAGUUGUGGAUACUCCAGAAAACUUAAGGACUGCAAAAGUCAACAAACAGAUUAGUGAUAUUAUUUACAAGUUGGAAUAUAACAAAGCAAAGCCCAAAGGCUACACUACAAUUCACGACACCCCAAUGCUGCUGCACGUGCGCAAAGUCAAGGACAGGAUAAGUGAUCUGAAAUACAAAGAAGUGUAUGAGAGGAAUAAAUCCCACUGCAAUGUUGUAGCAGAUUCAGUUCAUAUUAAGACUCCACGGCACGCUUACAAGCUGAACAGCAAUCUGGAUUAUAAGAAGAAAUAUGAGGCAGCCAAGGCUCAUUGGCACUGGAUUGCUGAUAGGCCUGACUUUGUCCAAGCAGCCAAGUCAUCUCUGCAGCAAAGUGACUACGAAUACAAACUGGACCGAGAAUUCCUGAAGGGAUGCAAACUCUCUGUCACAGAUGAUAAGAACACAGUGUUGGCUUUGAACAAUGCCAUCUUGGCAAGUGAUGUAAAAUACAAAGAGAAGCACAACAAAGCUCGAGGAACAUGCCUGGUUGUUCCAGAUACACCUCAGAUCCUCCUGGCUAAGAAUGUCAGCUCUCUGGUAUCUGAGAACAAAUACAAAGAACACAGCAAGAAACAGCUACCACGUGGGUCUUACACAACCCUACCUGAGACAAGAGACACUGCUCAUGUGAAAGAGGUGACCAAGAACGUCAGUGAUACAAACUAUAAAAAGAAGUUUGUGAAGGAGAAAGGCAAGUCUAAUUAUUCUAUCAUGCUGGAGCCUCCUGAAGUGAAACAUGCCAUGGAAGUUGCUAAAAAACAGAGUACAAUUGAAUACAAGAAAGAUGCCAAGUCAAAGCUCCACUACACACCUAUUGCAGAUCGCCCGGAUAUUAAGAAAGCAACUCAGGCUGCUAAGUUAAUUAGUGAUAUUGAAUAUAAAAAGCGUGGAGAAGCUGGCAUUGGUGUGACCAUGCUGGGACGUCCAGAUAUUGAGCUGGCAAAGGAAGUGUCCAAGCUAACCAGUCAGGUGAAAUACAAGGAGAACUUUUCCAAAGAGAAGGGUAAAAAACCAAAGUAUGAUUUAAAGGAGGCUAAAAUCUACAAGACCAUGAAAGAUGCUCACAACAUGGCUAGUGAGGUGAAAUACAAAGCAGAUCUCAAGAAACUUCAUAAGCCUGUCACAGACAUGUCUGAGUCGCUGAUCAUGAACCAUGUCCUGAAUACCAGCCAACUCGCCAGUGCUUACCAGUACAAGAAGCAAUAUGAGAAGAGUAAGGGUCACUACCAUAUGGUGCCAGAUAAUCUUGAACAGGUUCAUCUAAGGGAGGCAUCAGAACUGCAGAGCCACGUGAAAUACAAAGAAAAGUAUGAGAAGGAAAAAGGUAAACCUAUGCUGGACUUUGAAACUCCAACAUACCUAACUGCAAAGGAAUCUCAGCUCAUGCAGAGUGAGAAAGAAUAUAAGAGGGACUUUGAAGAGUCCAUUAAGGGCAGAAACCUUACUGGCUUGGAGAUAACACCAUCCUUAUUACAUGUCAAAUAUGCAACCAAAAUAGCAAGCGAGAAAGAAUACAGGAAGGAUCUGGAGGAGGGUGUCAAAGGUAAAGGACUAUCAGUUUUGGAGGAGACUCCAGACAUGUUAAGAGCAAAGAAUGCAACUCAGAUCCUGAAUGAGAAAGAGUACAAAAAAGCCUUGGAAUUAGAAAUCAAAGGAAAAGGUCUAUCAGAACUGGCUUUGGAAACACCCGAUUUUGUGAGAGCAAAGAAUGCCACCGACAUUGCUAGCCAGAUCAAAUACAAACAGUUGGCAGAAAUGGAGAAGGCCAACUACACCAGUGUUGUCGAUACUCCAGAGAUCAUUCAUGCCCAGCAAGUCAAAAACCUUUCAAGCCAGAAAAAGUACAAGGAGGAGGCAGAAAAGACCAUGCCAUACUAUGUGCCUGUAGCAGACACACCAGAAAUGCAGAGAGUCCGUGAGAAUCAAAAGAACUUCAGCACGCUUCAGUAUCAGUGGGACCUACAGAACAGUAAAGGAAAAGUGACAGUUGUACAAGAUACACCAGAAAUGCUGCGUGUGAAGGAAAACCAGAAGAAUUUCAGCUCGAUUUUAUAUAAAGAAGAUAUUGGAACUGGAACUACUAUUGAAAAGACGCCAGAGAUGCAGAGAGUUAAGAGAACCCAGGAUGCAAUUAGCUCGAUUAAGUACAAGGAGAGCAUUGGAAAAGGAACUCCAAUUCCUGAUCUCCCAGAAGUGAAACGUGUCAAGGAGACGCAGAAGCACAUCAGCUCGGUCAUGUACAAAGAGGAGCUGGGGACAGGUAUCCCAACACCUGUAACUCCAGAAAUAGAGAGAGUCAGACGCAAUCAAGAACACAUUAGCUCGGUGUCAUACAAAGAGGGCUUAGGGAUGGGCAUCCCAACCCCGGUCACUCCAGAGAUGGAGAGAGUCAAACGCAACCAGGAGAACAUUAGCUCGGUGUUGUACAGAGAGGGGCUGGGAAUUGGAACCCCAGUGCCUGUGACCCCUGAGAUGGAGAGGGUCAAACGCAACCAGGAGAUCUUUAGCUCGGUGUUGUACAAAGAGAACGUGGGGAUGGGGACCCCCACCCCCGUCACUCCUGAGAUUGAGAGAGCCAAACGCAACCAAGAACACGUUAGCUCGGUGUUGUACAAAGAGAACGUGGGGAUGGGGACCCCCACCCCUGUCACUCCUGAGAUUGAGAGAGCCAAACGCAACCAAGAACACAUUAGCUCGGUGUUGUACAAAGAGAACGUGGGGAUGGGGACCCCCACCCCUGUCACUCCUGAGAUUGAGAGAGCCAAACGCAACCAAGAACACAUUAGCUCGGUGUUGUACAAAGAGGAGCUGGGGACAGGGACCCCAAUACCUGUCACUCCUGAAGUUGAGAGAGUGAAACGCAAUCAAGAGCACAUCAGCUCGGUGUUAUAUAAGGAGAACAUAGGGAAAGCCACCCCAACCCCUGUGACUCCUGAGAUGGAGAGAGUCAAACGCAAUCAAGAGAUCAUUAGCUCGGUUUUGUACAAAGAAAAUGUGGGGAAAGUGACCCCAACACCAAUCACUCCAGAGAUGGAGAGAGUCAAACGCAAUCAAGAAAUCAUUAGCUCGGUGUUGUACAAAGAGAACUUGGGGCGAGCAACCCCCACCCCUCUCACUCCUGAGAUGGAGAGAGUGAAACGCAAUCAAGAACAGAUUAGCUCGGUGUUGUACAAAGAACAGCUGGCAAAAGGCACCCCAACCCCGAUGACCCCUGAGAUGGAGAGAGCCAAGCGCAACCAGGAAAACAUCAGCUCGGUCCUUUACUCCGACAGCUUCCGAAAACAGGUGCAAGGCAAAGCUGCUUAUGUUCUGGACACCCCUGAAAUGCGGCGCGUGCGGGAGACACAGAAACACAUCUCUACAGUGAAAUACCAUGAAGACUUUGAGAAGAACAAAGGUACUUUCACACCUGUAGUCACUGACCCCAUUACAGAACGUGUGAAGAAGAACAUGCAGGACUUCAGUGACAUCAGCUACAGAGGCAUUCAGAGACGAGUGGUAGAAAUGGAGCAAAAGCGCGUGGACCAGGACCAGGAGAAUAAUCUGACAGGUCUUCGUGUGUGGCGCACAAACCCCGGCUCUGUCUUUGACUACGACCCUGCAGAGGACAACAUUCAGUCCAGGAGCUUACACAUGAUCUCAGUCCAAGCACAGCGCCGCAGCAGGGAACACUCCCGCUCUGCCAGUGCCCUGAGCAUCAGUGGAGGGGAUGAGAAAUCAGAGCCCUCGGAGGGGGUGAAUCAGCACCUGUCCUACUACAGCAACGAAGGCUUCUUUACCACCAGCACCACAGUGGGUUAUAAACAUGCUAAGACCAUAGAGCUGCCACAACAGAGAUCAGCAUCUGUUGCCACUCAGCAAACCACCGUGUCAUCAGUUCCUUCCCACCCAUCCACUGCUGGGAAGACGUACCGGGCCAUGUAUGACUACACAGCAGCCGACGCCGACGAGGUUUCCUUCAAAGAUGGUGACACAAUUGUCAACGUGCAAGCCAUUGAUGAAGGCUGGAUGUAUGGGACCGUGCAGAGAACGGGCAAGACAGGCAUGCUGCCAGCCAACUACGUGGAGGCUGUGUGAGCCAGAGAACAGCCCUCCCCAGGCACAGCCAUUUCCCACUGUCAGCAACAGAACUUUCUACCACCAAAGCACUGCAUUGUCUUCCAUGGUGAGUGGCAGUGCUUUACAAACCAGCAUGGGGAGAGAAAAAAAAUAUAUAUAACAAAACACUCUUGAAACUUCUUCCCUUCAAAUUGUUUCUGAAAACUACCUGCAAACACCACCUGGUGCUGCUCAUGAGAGCUGCCUUGCUUCCGGUGUCCAAAACCUUUCUGAAAUUGCCUGCAUCUUCCUUUAAAACAUUUAAGCAUACAAUACUAUCAACAUGUUUUAAGCAAUGCCAAAAUCACAACACAGUUCCGUAUCACUGAGCUUUUGUACCUGUACUGGAGACUAUGCUUACCAACCAUUACUUUAUUCAUUCUCCCAUGAGGAGAGAAACCUUGUGUUCUGAAACUUUCAAACAUGUUUGUUUCCCAUGUAAGCUUAGGAUCUCAAACCAAAGUUUAUCUGGAGGGGAGAUGGUAAAAAAAAGGGGGAAAUCUCACAAAGCAAAAGCCUCUUCUGUCUGCUUGCUGAGCUCUUAUGCAGGUGUUUUUCUGUUCUGGGGUCAAAAGUUGUUACUUGUAAAUUAGUGACUAAAUAAAGCUCAUGUUUCCGCA